UUAAAGAAUAAUAAAUCACUCGACAUAAAUUGCAAGUCUGUGAUAACAAUUUUAAUCCCCGGAUUUUCACUGCAGUCACGAGUUUAUUUAUCAAUAUUAUUUCGAAUGCGAAUUAUCUUUUGUAUUUUGAAAAUGUGGAAAGAACCAUUUACUCCCACUUCUGGAAACCACGAGACGGGAAAGAGUCGAGUGAAUAAUUGGAGCACGCGUUGCUGCCUUUCCCUCUCAAGACUUUGCGUUAGUCUUCGAAUCUCAUACGUACAAUCAUGUGCUCUUAAAUAACGUGUGAUUCUCGUCAAAUAAUGACUGCAAAUGCCUCUGUGCACUUAUUCCCUACGAAAUUAACGAACCGGGGUUUUUCCUGGAUCGGAAAACUCGGGAAAUUCCCUGGGAGAAGUGUCCAGUGUCCGCUCAAUUCCGAAGAUGAGCGAUUGCUCUGGGAUGGGGACGAUGACGUGGAUUUCGAGAGGACGACCCACAUGGUGCAGGUGCCGAGGGCCGCGGAGUCCUCAGGCGAUGAUUAUUCAACCGUAAAAAUGAGAAUUAUCGGGAUGAGUUGUCAGAGUUGCGUCAACAACAUUGAGAGGACAAUCGGUGCUCAUCGGGGUGUGAAAAAUAUAAAAGUAAUUCUUUCCGAAAAGACUGGUUAUGCAGACUACGAUCCAAAGGAAACAUCUGCGAAUGAGCUGAUAGCAGCGGUCAACGAGAUGGGUUUCGAAGCUUCCCCAGAGAAUUCAGAAAAAAGCAAUGGCCUGGGGCCACAGUCUGGCACUUGCGUCAUUCACAUCGACGGGAUGACAUGUCAGUCUUGCGUUAAAGGUAUCACCGACGUGAUAUCGGGAAAACCAGGUGUCAAGGAGAUCGACGUCUCCCUCAGCGAGAAAGAGGCGAAAGUUCGUUACAGUGACGCAGUACCAGAUGAAAUAGCAUUUUCUAUCGAAGCAAUGGGCUUCGAUGCAUUUGUCAAAGAGAUUAACGGCCACCCAGUGUCUUCCGAGCCCUUGAAAUCGAAGAGUCCACCAGAGGCACCAGAAGUACUGACCAAUGGACGAAUUUCUGAUGUGCCAAACCUGAAGGAAGAAAUUUCCAAGUGCUUCCUACAGAUCAAGGGCAUGACUUGUGCUUCCUGUGUUGCUGCCAUUGAAAAACACUGCAGAAAAAUCUACGGUGUCGAUGGCAUUCUCGUUGCCCUGAUGGCUGCCAAGGCAGAAGUUAAGUAUUAUCCCAGCAAAAUUCGACCCCUCGAUAUCGCUUCCAGCAUCACAGAACUCGGAUUUCCCACAGCAGUUAUUGACGAGCCAGGAACUGGUGAAGCUGAAGUGGAACUCCAGAUUUCUGGAAUGACUUGUGCAUCGUGUGUUAAUAAAAUUGAAUCGACUGUCGCAAAAAUACCUGGUGUCAAGUCAGCUGUUGUUGCAUUGGCAACGCAGCGUGGAAAAUUUCGAUUUGAUGCUGCUGAAACUGGUGUGCGUGAUAUAAUAGAGAGAAUUAAUAAAAUCGGUUUCACAGCUAGUUUAUUUAACAAUAAAGAGAAGGACAGUAGAGAUUAUCUCAAUCAACAGGAGGAAAUUAGAAAGUGGAGGUCAGCAUUUCUGAUAUCACUGGUGUUUGGUGUUCCCAGUAUGAUCAUAAUGACGUACUUUAUGAUGAUGAUGUCGAUUGAGAAGAAGAGUCAUGCGGACAUGUGCUGCAUUAUUCCUGGAUUGUCCUGGGAGAAUUUACUGUUGUUUAUUUUUUCAACACCCGUUCAAUUCUUCGGUGGAUGGCAUUUUUAUGUUCAAGCAUAUCGUGCUCUCAAGCACGGCACGACUAAUAUGGACGUUCUCAUCUCCAUGACAACGACGAUAUCGUACGUUUAUUCUCUAUGCGUGCUGAUUGCAGCGAUGAUAAUGCAAGAGCACAUGAGUCCGACGACGUUCUUCGACACUCCCCCAAUGCUGUUGGUAUUUAUCAGCCUAGGAAGAUGGCUGGAGCACGUGGCGAAGGGAAAAACGUCCGAAGCUCUCUCAAAAUUACUCUCCCUAAACGCUGUUGAUGCUGUCCUCGUUACUCUGGGCUCCAACAACGAAAUCCUAUCAGAGAGACUGAUUAGUUUGGACCUGGUCCAGCGUGGGGAUAUCCUCAAAGUCGUCCAGGGCUCGAAGGUCCCGGUGGAUGGACGAGUUUUAUCAGGACAAUCCGCCUGCGACGAGAGUCUCAUAACUGGUGAAAGUAUGCCAGUCCCCAAAAAACCUGGGUCUGUCGUUAUUGGAGGAUCCAUCAAUCAGAAUGGUCCACUUCUGAUGACUGCAACGCACACUGGAGAGCACACGACAUUGGCACAAAUAGUGAGACUCGUGGAGGAGGCACAAACCAGCAAAGCACCCAUUCAACAAUUAGCUGAUAAAGUUGCUGGGUAUUUUAUUCCACUUGUCAUUACAGUUUCUGCAGUGACUCUGACGAUAUGGACGAUCGUUGGAUACGUUAAUAUUCAGCAUCUGCCUGCGGAGAGAGACGGCAUUGGGAGAAAUCGAGAGGAGAUUAUUUUCCAGUAUGCAUUUAGGUGUGCAUUAUCUGUACUUGCAAUUGCAUGUCCAUGUGCUCUUGGUCUGGCAACACCAACUGCUGUGAUGGUUGGUACUGGUGUUGGUGCACUCAAUGGUAUUUUAAUAAAAGGUGCUGAGUCACUCGAGAAUGCACAUAAAGUCAAGUGCAUUGUCUUUGAUAAAACUGGAACUCUCACACAUGGAACACCUGUUGUCAGUAGAAUUGCAAUGUUUGUUAAUGAGAGGGUGUGUUCGAUUGGAAAAUUACUGGCUAUUGUGGGCACUGCUGAGGUGAGCAGUGAGCAUCCAAUAGCAUCAGCUAUCGUCAGAUUUGUUAAGGAAAGUAUUGGCACUGAGGCCAGUGGUAGGUGCAGUAAUUUCCAGGCUGUCGCUGGUUGUGGCCUCAAGUGUCGUGUGACACAUUUGGAUUCUGUCCUGUCUCUUGUUAAUAAAUCUAAUGCUAUAUUGAAUUAUCGGAAUCAGGCUGGCAGUGCUAACGAAUCUGGCAGUACUCUUAAUAAUGUACCAAUUGAUGUACUAUUAAUUGGUAAUAACGACGUGAGUAAACAGGACUUGCAGUAUCAGCUGCUUCUGGAUCCUGAAACAGCUGGAGAUCAGGAAAACCACGUGAUUUAUGACGUGUGCAUUGGAAAUCGUGAGUGGAUGAGAAGAAAUGCUGUUGAUAUACCUCGACAGGUGGAGGAGAAAAUGCUCGAGCAGGAGGAGAUUGGGUGCACAGCUAUUCUUGUGGCUAUCAAUGGGGUUUUAAUAGCCAAUAUUAAUGUUGCUGAUACGGUGAAGCCUGAGGCACAUCUCGCUGUCUAUACUUUAAAGAAAAUGGGGCUGGAGGUGGUGCUGUUGACUGGGGAUAACAGGAAAACUGCCGCUUGUGUCGCCAGACAAGUGGGUAUUAAUAAAGUUUUUGCUGAAGUCCUACCAUCCCACAAGGUCGCCAAAAUUCGGAGACUGCAGGAGCAAGGAUUUAGAGUUGCUAUGGUUGGGGAUGGAGUGAAUGACAGUCCUGCUUUGGCGCAGGCUGACGUGGGAAUUGCUAUUGCCUCUGGAACUGAUGUCGCUGUGGAAGCUGCUGAUGUUGUUCUCAUGAAAAAUGAUCUGCUGGAUGUUGUUGGGUGCUUGGAUCUUUCCAGGAAGACUGUAUUCAGAAUUCGACUCAAUUUCUUAUUUGCUAGUGUUUAUAAUUUACUUGGCAUUCCAAUAGCAGCUGGACUUUUCAGCCCUUUCGGAUUCUUCCUCGAACCCUGGAUGUCCUCUGCUGCCAUGGCCAUGAGCUCAGUAUCUGUCGUCGCCAGCUCAUUGAUGCUCAAAUUAUAUCGUAAACCAACGAGAUCACUUCUGGAAACUCCAGAGUACUUUGCUGCACUGAAAGCAGAAUCUGCUCAUGAUCAUGGUGCAAUAAACCCACACGUGGGGGUCGAUGAAUCAUUUAGUCUACCCCUCCGCACAGCCUCGACACUAUCCAGGCUAUUUGGGAGGACGAAGGAAGAGGUCGAAGGACUUCUUCUCGAUGAGGAGUCGACUGGAUUCAAUGUCGAUUUUUCCAGGCACAAAAGUGAAUUAACUCGUGACAAUAUUGUGUCAUAACGCGCAAAGGUCCAAUCACUCCAGGAGGUGACGAACUUUUUUUUUCUUCUGCCAGAUUUACGAAUGCAUACGUUUUUGUUCGUACUUAAUGCAUUUUUAUAUUGAAAUGUGAGAGAAUAUUUAUCCGAAGUUGCUAAUACUCCGAGAGUAAGACGAAUUUUGUAUUUAAUUUAGAUCAGUACGAGUUUUGUAAAUUGUUAAAAGAAACUAAUUUGAUAUUCAUGUAUGUGAAGAAUGUAAAUAUAUGAGACAAAUGAUGAAAAUAUCAAAUGGGUCGAAUCUAAUAAAAAUUGGUGUUCACAA